CGAAAUCGCAUCGCAACUGGCAUGGCAUGUAAAUAAAAUAAUCAAUUGACGAAACGCUAAGAUAAAAUGUGAAUUAUUGAACAUGCAAAUGUAGCAACUGGACCCAAAGCAUCGUAACAGGCGAAGACCAUUGCAACCCGAUAAGUGUGGGCUAAAGUGGUCGAGUGAAAACGCGUUAACUUGUGUAAAACUGGAGUGGCGAACAAAGAUUGGAAUGUCCUAUUUACUCCCGAACGUACAUACAAACAUAUGUGGGUCAAUGUAGACAAUGCUCGUGAAGACUAUGUACAUAAUAUAGCGUUGUUUGUUUUGUCGGUAUGUUACAGCACUGUCCCUUAGCUUGCCCCGCACUUUCAAGGCUGAACUGCCCAGCCUCCGCGCCUCCACCAGCCAGGAAGAGCCCAUCAUGAGGGAGUUCUGAGAGCUGCGGGACUUCGGCUUGCCAAUCGGUGGGCUAAUCAGAACGGAAAACAUUGGAUCUCGAAGACUGAAGGCAGGAGCACAGAUAAAUCUGUCAGGUGUUAUCAUGUCCACAGGAAAAUACCUUUAUCUCAAGGGAUCCAGGAGUUUGCGGUCCCCAAAGCUGAAUUUAUAAAAUGCACAAACAAGAAUCUGGUUGUUAACAACGCGCUUCUGCAAGAAAACCCAUUUAUACCGACUCUAUAGACAUGAAAGUAAAAGAUGUAAAGCCGCGUGCACGCCCUGCAUAAAACCAUAGACACCCAAGAACCGCAGUCAGUUUAGUAUUUGGCAUCCCAUCCGGAUAGCACUCAGCAUGGGAGCCAACACGUCGAGCAGCAGCUACCCCACGGUGGCCUCCUCGGGCGGCGCAGGCAGUGGCAACUCCAGCAGCUCGAACGGCAACCUGUCGGCCAUGCCCGUGGGCAUGGGCGAGAUGUCCGGCGGAGCAGGUGCUUUCGGCAGCAGCAGCAGCAGCUGCGGGCCCAGUGGGAACGCCGGCGGAGCUCCGGGCAUCGUCAUCAGCGGAGCACACUACCACCGGGACCAGAGGAGGAAGCGUGCCACUGGCUUUGCCACCCUCAAACGCAAGUUCAUACGGCGGCGGCGCUCCUCCAAGGCCUGCGAUCACGCCCGCGUGCUGCGCGACUUCGUCUCCGAUUGGGCACCCGUGGAGCUGGCCGCUCUCUGCGAGGAGUUCGAGGCCCUGUCGGCGCUGAGGGAUUUGUCGGUGCAGGCCGAGCUGGCACGACCGCCGGCCGCCACGUUCAAGCAGGACCUGGCCGCCAUCUACGAGAAGAACCUGUGCACCGAUUGCGACCUGGUCUUUCGCGGAACGAUAUUCUCAGUCCAUCGUGCAAUUCUAUCGGCACGCUGUGUAUACUUUCGGGACCUGCUGGCCGGAUGUCCUGGUUUCGGAGCGCGCAUCUGUCUCGAACUACCCACUUCGCCCAUUGACGUGCAGCUCUUCUCGUCGCUCUUGCGCUACCUAUACACCGGCGAUCUGUGCCCGCACGAUCCGAACAUAGACAUUGGCCUGCUGCGGCAGUUGGGCAAGGAUUUUGGCACCCCCAAUCCGCUCGAGCACGAUCUGCGCUAUCUGCUGGAGACCGGGGACUAUGCGGACGCGGCGCUCGUCUUCACGGCGGACGGCAGCAACGACUAUCUGCGGCAGGACUCGGGCACCUCGGAGUACGGCUUCCGGCCGAAGAUCGAACUGCCGUGCCAUAAGGCGAUCUUGAGCGCGAGGUCACCCUUCUUCCGGAACCUGAUUGCGCGUCGCACACGCAACAUCGACGAGUACGUGGAACGUUCGCUGCACGUGCCCACACGCAUCGUGCUGGACGAAACUGUUAUACCAAAAAGAUAUGCGCGCGUGCUGCUGCAGGCCAUCUACCUGGACUCGGUGGACUUGACAUUGAUUUUGCGCGGCGUGGGAUCGGGCACGUCGGCUGGCUCCCUGGGGGAGGUGCACGCCCUCACCAAUACGGGACGCGUGCGUCCCACCACGCUGGAGGAGGCCAUGGAGUUGUAUCAGAUCGGUCGUUUCUUGGAGCUGGACAUUCUGGCUCAGGGCUGUGAGGAUUUGAUUCUGGAGUGGCUGUCCAUUGAGACGUUGCCCACGGUGCUGAAGUGGGGCUGCCAGCCCUACGGCUCCGCCUGGGUCUUUCGCCAAGCCUGUCAGUAUUUGCGCGAGGAGUUCGCCGCCGUGAGCGCCUCGCCGGUGUUGCACCAACUCGAUAAAUCUCAGUUAAUACAUAUUCUGCACAGCAACUUUCUGCAGGCCUCCGAGCUGGAGGUGCUGCAGGCCGUGCUCAAGUGGGGCGAGCAGGAGCUCAUCCGCCGGAUGGAGGAUCGGGAGCCGAACCUGCUAUCCCACACGGCCCACUCGGUGGCGCGCAAGGGGGUGAAGAAGCGCGACUUGAGCGACAUAGAGCUGCGUGAGAUACUCUCGGAGCUGCUGCCGCUGGUGCGCAUGGACCACGUCCUGCCGCCGCACUGCGAGGUGCUCUGCCAGGCCAUUCGCCGCGGCCUGGUGAGCACACCGCCCUCGCACAUGAUCGGCGACGAUCGAGAGAACCUACGUAUCAAUGCCUGGAUUCGCGGCGGCAAAAACCAGGGGCUGUACGUGCGGCCCCGCCUCUUUAUGCCCUACUUCGAGGAGGUCAAGGCCCUGCUGGAGGACCGAAUGUCCUCGUCCCACCACCAGGUGGAGCUAAUGCGCAUGCGCCGGUGUCGACACCCACCCGACAUACCGGACACCCUGUACAUGGUGUCGCACAUGAACUCCAAGGCGAACAGUGAUCUUAGCACCGUAGAAAACCGUAGUACUGAUGGAAACGUUGAUAUAUUAGUGGGCGCCGCUGUCAUACCACCGCCAGACAACCAAACCCUCCUGGCGAUGCGCAAGCGGGAGCACAAGCUGCGCCAGUCGCCCAUGUGCCAGCGUGCCCUGCUGCUGCCGCUCUCGUCGAAGAGCGAAAUCGAUCGGCAGAUACGGCUGCGCGUGGUGAGGGAGUUCAAUCUGCCCGACGAGGUGUCCGACCUGCUGGAGAUCGCCCUGCAGGCCAAUCCGGGCCGCAGCGAGGGCCAUGCCGAGGAGGCGAUGGCCACGACGUCGCAGAAGGACGACCCUCUGCUGGAGGACGAGGAUCAAAGCCCGCCGCCAUCGCCGGCGGCCACUUGCUCAGUCUCGCGACACACCAACGUGGCGCCGUCGUUCCUGUCGCCCAUGGGGGGCGGCGGCGGCGGCGGCGGCGGCGGCGGUGGCUCCUCCGUGGCGUCGUGCGGCACCGACGCCGCCCAUCCGUGCUACAGUCGAAAUCUCACCUUCCCACGCCACCACUCGAACGGCCUGAUGGGCGUGGCCAAUGCGUUUGGCUCCGGCUCGGGUCCCACGCUGCAGUGCAGCUACUCGCGCCUCUCCUCGUCGGUGCACCAGCGCAACGACCUGCCGGCCCUCAUCACCGAGGGCGACUUCCGGUUCCCCCACGGCAAUGGCCUGGGGCUGGACAUGGGCGCCGAGGGCGGCGCCUGCGGCCUGGACGCGGCCAACAGCCACCUGUCCGAGAUGAUGCCCGACGUGGCAAUGGCCACCGCCUCGCUGGGCCAGCUCCACCUGACGAACAACGGGGCUGGCUGCGGCGCCGGCAACAUGGGCGGACGCGCAGCGAGCAGCAAUAACGACAUGUCCGAGAGCUUGCAGUUAGAUCUAGGCGAUGGCCCGAGCCCCCACAUCAUUGGAAGUGCUGUCGGUUCCAUGACCCUUCGAAACAUACAGCACCAACUGCCAACAAACAACUAUCACCACUUUAUGCAGCGCUCGAACUCGCCCUUCGAGAUCCUGCGGCAGGGCCAGCCGUCGCCAACAUCACAUCCACAACAUUCCGGGACAUACAAUUCUGGACCACCAAGGUUUUUAUAGAGAUUUCGAGUGGCCCCCGAUCACGGGCAUUAUUUUAGCAUGCCUUUCUAAAUAAAAUCCGAUACAAUUAAAACUAAAAUCUAGAUAAAUAAAACAAACUACUAAAUAAAUGUCAAAACGAUACCCUUUC